ACUACGGUGUCUCAAUGAAUAUUUGAAUCGCCUGAUUUUAGUGCGAUUCUCAAUUGUACAAUAAUAAAUAAAAUACCAAUUGAAUGGCAAAUUAUCAAUUUUGAAAAUCGUCUUAAAGUACACAAUCAUUUGAGAAAUAACAUUUGAUUAAAGCACAUCAAUUCUAACGAUAUUCCAUUGUUUUAGAAUAAUUUUUGUUUUAUUCGUUUUAUACCGUGCAAAUAGUGUGUGUUUUUGAAAUAGACAAAAAUAUAAAAUCCAUUCACAAUGUCAACGGCAACAGCAAGUCGUUUGGACAAAAUCUAUCGCAAGAUGCUGAUAACGCGAUUUUUCGAAAAAGGUUGGGGUAAAGCCGAAAAUUUACGUAGACUGUUUGAAUUCCGAAAAUUCGUUUCAAAUCGCGACACAUGCUAUAAUCUAAUUCCAAGAGACUAUCCAGUGCAAAUAACCAGGGAAGAAAAAACAUCCGAUGCUCUACUGAUCGAUGGCGAAUUUUUGUCACCAAUGGAACUUUUCUUACCAGGUGUUGUCCCGCCAGAAUCACGAAAAUCGUAUUUUCAACUCGUUUUACCAUUGAAAUGGGAAAAUGAAAAGUACAAACCGAUGUGUGUUCAUUUUGCUGGCACCGGUGAUCACUUCUUUUGGCGAAGACGAAAUUUUCUAGCAAAGCCAUUACUGCGUGAAGGUGGAAUUGGAGCAAUUUUACUUGAAAAUCCAUUUUAUGGGCUACGCAAACCAAAAGAACAAACCCGUUCCAAUUUGCAGCACGUGAGUGAUAUUUUUGUAAUGGGUGGGAGUCUAAUACUCGAAAGUUUAGUUUUGUUUCAUUUCUGUGAAAGAAAUGGACUGGGACCCCUUGGGGUGAGCGGGCUAUCAAUGGGAGGCCAUAUGGCCUCGUUGGCAGCUACAAAUUGGCCUAAACCAUUAGUAUUAGUACCUUGUUUAUCCUGGAGUACAGCAGCAGCGGUUUUCACACAGGGCGUGAUGUCUGAGUCAAUAAAUUGGUGUGAAUUAGAAAGUCAAUUUUUUUCAUCGAGUGUGUUCCGAAAAAAGUUGGCCAAAAUGGUGAAUGUUGUCGACGGGCAGGACGAAGCAUUUAUGGCUGGUCGACGUUUUGUAAAAAAUUAUGAUAAUACAAAUGAAAAUUUAGACAAUGACCUUAAAGCAAUUGCAACCAAUAUCAGUUACCAAUCAGAUAUAUUGUCAGUUUCAUCAAAUGCAUCGGAUAGAAUUAGUGAGAUUUAUCGAAAAAUUGAAGAAUUAAAUACGCAAGGUCAAUUGUUGAAUGUAAACGACAGUGCGGCGGACGAUGAUGAUGAUAGUGCACACGAUGAAAUGACUAGAUUGAAAUUGGAUCCAAUUGAUACGACAAAAAUAAAAUGGUGGGAACGAGAAGCGUUACAGUUUAUGCGUGGAAUGAUGGACGAAUGUACACAUUUGAAAAAUUUCUCAGUGCCUUAUGAUACGUCAUUAAUAACAGCGGUUUGUGCAAAAGAUGAUGCUUACGUUCCGCGCGACGGAUGUAGUAGUUUGGAGGACAUUUGGCCCGGAGCUGAAAUCAAAUACUUAGAUGCGGGCCAUGUCAGCGCUUAUGUUCUCUAUCAAAAGUUAAUACGUUCAAGCAUCAUCGAAAGAUUUGAAAAAGCCAAAGAAAAAUAUCAAUACUAUAGAAAACCAAUUCCCCCAGACACAACCAUGCCAACAUUGCAAAAGAGAUGGCGAUCAUCAAUUUCAAUUAAGGCAAUCCAAUCAGUACAAAAUCAAAGAAGUGCAGCCGAUGAUGAAGCUGAUAAACUUGCAACAUCGAAUGCAAACUAAUUGUAUAUAUAAUAAAUAAUAUUUGUUCACAUUUUCAUCUCACAUUUUGAUUUGGAAAAAUAAAAUUUUAUACCAUUAAAAUGACAAUAUAACUUUUAGAAUCUUACCUCCUCGAAUAGCGUGAAAAAUGCCAAUUUCCGUAUUUUAUUUUAAUAAAAAGAAAAGAAAAGAAAUCCGAAGUAUUUCACUUAUUUCAAA